AUGAGCAGCGACACGGUCGACUCCUCGCAGUCGCAAGCAAUCGAAGAUGAGAUCGUCGAGCUCGAGGGGCGUCUCGAGAAGGCCAAAGCCAGGUUGAACAAAGCCCAAGUCAACCAAGGACCCUCGAUCCCACCAGCAAAGAUACCAAGCAGUGAUGUGCCUCUGACUUCACCAACUCAUCACUUCCUCCUCCUGCUCUCAGACUCCGCCCUCCCACUCGGCUCCUUCGCAUUCAGCAGCGGUCUCGAAUCGUACCUCGCGCACACCCGUCCCAAGUCCUCCUUCCCCACAUUCUUGAACUUCUCCCUUUCCUCCUAUGCCUCGACAACCCUACCAUUCGUUCUCGCUGCCCACCGGCACCCGAUUGAUCUCCUAGAGCUAGACGAUGCCCUCGAUGCGGCAAUUAUGUGCACGGUAGGCCGGCGGGCAUCCGUGGCGCAAGGCAGAGCUCUGCUCUCGAUAUGGGAUCGAUCAUUCAAGUCCGCUCUACCUGCUGGAGCGUCUACAGCUGCUGUUGAAGCUCUGAAGGAGUUCACCGUCCUCUUGCGUGCCACGUCCUCGAAUAUCACUACCCAUUUGCCGACUGCCUCUGCUCAUCUAGGACCGCUGUUUGGAGCCAUUGCGGUGAUCUUGGGGAUGAGUCUUCGGCAAACUGCAUAUGUGUUCAUGCUCAGCCAUGUGAAGGCUUUGUUGUCGGCUGCUGUAAGAGCGAGUAUGUUCGGGCCGUAUCAUGCGCAGAAAAUGCUUGCGAGUGUUGAGGUCCAGGAAGGAAUCCAGAAAGUUAUCCAGCAGGAGUGGGAGACUAAAAUUGAGGAUGCGGGUCAGAGUGUGCCGGUGAUGGAUUUAUGGAUUGGGAGGCACGAGAUGUUGUAUUCUAGGAUAUUUAAUAGCUGA